GAUAUGAAAAUGCGACAUGUUCGGAUUUAUUUUUGAAUUCUUUAACAAAUCCACGGGGACGGGGGACCAUCACCGAAGGCCACGUCGCCGCCGUCGCCGGCAGCCCGGCAACCCGUUCCGUUCUAUCUACCCGCCCUCGUUUUCUCCGCCCCCGAACACACGCCGGAGGCCACACCGCCCGCUCGCGACGGGCCUGGGUACUGGGUAGUGGGGCGGCGUCGGCGCAGAGUCGGAGAUGCAUCUCAGCGAGAACGAGGGGAUCGAGGGCGUGCGGUUCGCGGUGACGGGCGGCCAGGGCUUCGUCGGCUCCGCGCUCUGCCUGGAGCUGCUCCGCCGCGGCGCCCGGGAGGUGCGCUCCCUCGACCGCCGCGCGUCCUCCCCCUGGUCCGACCAGCUCCUCGACGCCGGCGCCCGCCUCGUCCAAGGGGAUGUCAGAAAGAAGGAAGAUGUGGGGAGAGCUUUGUGCGGUGUGGACUGUGUUUUCCACCUCGCUUCCUAUGGCAUGUCAGGGAAGGAAAUGGUACAGGCUGGGCGAGCAGACGAGGUCAAUAUAAAUGGCACAUGCAAUGUGCUUGACGCUUGCCACGAGCAUGGUGUUAGAAGGCUUGUAUAUGUAAGCACGUACAAUGUGGUGUUUGGAGGGGAGCCAAUUGUUAAUGGGAAUGAGGCGCUGCAAUAUUUCCCCAUCGAAGGCCAUGUUGAUGCCUAUGCACGUAGCAAAUCAAUAGCUGAGCAGUUGGUGUUGAAGACUAAUGGCCGGCACACUAAGAAUGAUAAAAGUAUUCGUCUCUAUACAUGUGCAGUACGUCCUGCCGCUAUCUAUGGUCCAGGUGAAGAGCGGCAUCUUCCAAGGAUCCUAUCCCUUGCGAAGUUGGGAUUAGCAUUCUUCAAGAUUGGGGAUCCAAAUGUGAAGUCGGAUUGGGUCUAUGUGGAUAAUCUUGUUCUUGCAUUGAUAUCGGCAAGCAUGGGACUUUUAGAUGACCUUCCUGGCAGGAAGGGAACUCCUGUAGCUGCUGGUCAAGCAUAUUUCAUAUGCGAUGGAUCGCCUGUCAAUACUUUUGAAUUUCUCAGUCCUUUAUUUCAAAGUUUGGACUAUACAGUUCCACGAGUUACAAUGGACACCUCAGUUGCCCUUGCCAUUUCAAGAGUUUUUGUGUUCAUAUAUACACUGCUCUAUCCAUGGCUUGAUAGUAAAUGGAUUCCUCAACCUCUUCUCCUUCCUGCUGAAGUAUACAAGGUGGGUGUUACACACUACUUUUCAUAUUUGAAAGCUAGAGAGGAAAUCGGCUAUGUACCUAUGGUGAGUCCUCGUGAAGGAUUGUCUGCAACUAUUUCCUACUGGCAGGAGCGGAAGAGAAAAGAACUAGAUGGUCCAACCAUAUUUCCUUGGCUGUUUGUAACAAUUGGGAUGUUGGCUAUGUUUUGUGCUGCUUUUCUUCCACCCGUUGGUCCAUUGAAAUGGGUGUUUGAUCUCCAUUUAUUUGUUUUCCGAUCAAUGUUGGUGAUUCGGUUAGUCUUUGUGGCAGCAGCUGCAGCGCAUGUUGGUGAAGCAGUGUAUGCUUGGUUCUUGGCAAAGAAGUAUGAUCCGGCGAAUGCUACAGGUUGGUUUUGGCAAACAUUCAUGCUCGGGUUCUUUUCUCUCCGCUUUCUGCUUAAGAGAGCGAGAGAGUAGACUUGUGCGGUUAUUCCCUUCACUUGUCAAGAAAUGAACAGUAAUUUCUAGCUGAAAUGACUCAGCAUAUGUGCUCGUAACUCCUGUAAAACUUCAAUCUCUGAGUCAUUGUGACUUCCCUCAGUGUCUUGAGAA